AUGCAAGGGUGCGCUACACUUCCUAGGCCCGGGUGUAGUGGAAAAUAUGCAAGGGUUGCUAGGCCGUCGCCCGGAAGCGGUGCGCCACCCGAGGGUGGUGUUAACUAUCCAAGGUUUCAUGGUAAGGGCAGGGGUAAGGGUAGUAGGAUGCGUUUUGGGACUUGGAACGUUGGCUCUUUGACGGGGAGAUUAGUCGAAGUAGUAGAGGUUAUGAGAAGGAGGAGAAUUAACAUAUUAUGUAUCCUUAUUGACAGAUAUUAUAUUGAUGAUGUAGUGGACGUGUCCCGAAAGAGUGAUCGAAUUAUGAGUAUUAAGCUUGUGUUAGGGGAUGAAGUUGUAAAUAUUGUGAGUGCCUAUGCACCACAAGCAGGACUAGAUGCAUCAACUAGACAAGAAUUUUGGGAGGAUUUAGAAGAAGUGGUGCAACGUGUCCCUAGAAGUGAGAAACUGAUCAUUGGUGGGGAUCUCAACGGACAUGUAGGCUCAAGUCGCGAUGGAUUUGAAAGCAUUCAUGGUGGUUUUUGGUAUGGGGAGCGGAAUGAAGCGGGAAAUGCUAUUUUGGAUUUUGCAUUGGCAUAUGACUUGGGUAUAAUGAACACUUGGUUUGAGAAAAGAGAAUCUCACCUAGUAACCUAUAGGAGUGGAGAUAAUGCGAGUCAGAUUGGCUUGUUUUUAGUAAGGAAUGCUUUGAGACAGUGCUACACCAAUUGUAAGGUGAUUCCGGGUGAGAGUACAGCAACCCAACAUAGACUUGUGGUACUUGAUUUUCGAGGUAGAAGUUAUAUAAGAAGGAGAAGACCACUAGUGGAGCCUAGGAUCAAGUGGUGA